AUGGAAGGCAACCUCUGCAGACUGCCCUCAAGAGGACUCCCGGCGGCCAUCUGCGUCCAGAGCCGGUCCUCCUUCGUCCUGGACUGUGGCCUUGGCUUCCCACUGGCCUGGGGCCUGUGUGUCCCCCUGGGGCCCAUCCUCUGCCCCUCAGCCGCAGGUCCUUUCCAGCUCCUUCUGCAGAAGAAAGCCCAGGCUUCGGACAUCGAGGGGGGCCUUCCAGACUCCCCAGGGGCAUGUCUCUCAGGGUUCACCUCUCUGACCACCUCUGCCCCACUUCCUGCCGCAGGGGCAUCUGUAAACCCUCGCCUUUCCCCUGCUGCCUCCCUUCAGGACUCCUUCUCCAAGGCCCAGUUCAGGAGUCCAGUCCAACUGGCGCCAGGCGCUCCGAUCCACGGAGAGCUGGAGGCCGCUCAGACGGUGCGCUUGUCUGGCCAGGGAACCACCAGGGGGCCGAAUUCCCUGCUGGACGGGCAGCUCAUACUCAGCCCCCGAGCCCCAGAUGUGAGGCCCUGCCCUGUCCCUGUGCCGGUGCUUGGGGCCAGCCCCACCCUGGUGCUGGUCUCCUGUCCGUGGCCCGAGGUGCUGGACAUGGAUCCUGGGGCCAGUGGCUAUCAGAGGAGAGUGGCCACACUGUGGUCCCCCAGCUUGGGGGGCAUCAGGCCAGGUUCCCCUCUUCCCUCUGUGGAAGGGGCUUUCUCCGAAGAUGUGCCUCUGGGACUGGAGCCGUGGGCAUCACUCCCUUCUGGUGUUUGGGUGAGCAGCCCAGGCUGCACGUGGGUCCAGGCGGAGGUGGCGGGGGACCCGACUGUGUUGUCAGCACUGCUUGGGGUCCUCAUGGAGGCCCUGGGCGUGUGGGGUGGGAAAGGCUCAGACUCCGCGGCAGGCGGCCUGCAAACUCGCUUCACCCCCGUCCUCCCUGCCGCCUGCCCCUCCUCACCCCAGGCCGUGGAGACGGCCCAGAGCCCCUGUGCCGGUGAAAGACGGUUCCUGCUGGUCUUCUCCUGCCUCGUGCUCUCCGUCUUCUCCACCAUCAAGGAGUACGAGAAGAGCUCCGAGGGCGCGCUCUACAUCUUGGAAAUCGUGACCAUCGUGGUGUUCGGAGUGGAGUACUUCGUGCGGAUCUGGGCUGCCGGCUGCUGCUGCCGCUACCGCGGCUGGAGGGGGCGGCUCAAGUUUGCCCGGAAGCCCUUCUGCGUGAUCGACAUCAUGGUGCUCAUCGCCUCCAUCGCCGUGCUGGCCGCGGGCUCCCAGGGCAACGUGUUCGCCACGUCGGCGCUCCGGAGCCUGCGGUUCCUGCAGAUCCUCAGGAUGAUCCGCAUGGACCGGCGCGGCGGGACCUGGAAGCUGCUGGGCUCUGUGGUCUACGCCCACAGCAAGGAGCUGGUGACUGCCUGGUACAUCGGCUUCCUCUGCCUCAUCCUGGCCUCCUUUCUGGUGUACUUGGCAGAGAAGGGCGAGAACGAUCACUUUGAUACCUACGCGGAUGCCCUCUGGUGGGGCCUGAUUACGCUGACAACCAUCGGCUACGGGGACAAGUACCCCCAGACCUGGAACGGGAGGCUGCUGGCUGCAACCUUCACCCUCAUCGGCGUCUCCUUCUUCGCUCUUCCUGCGGGCAUUUUGGGGUCUGGCUUUGCUCUGAAAGUUCAAGAGCAGCACCGGCAGAAGCACUUUGAGAAGAGGCGGAACCCCGCAGCGGGCCUGAUCCAGUCGGCCUGGAGGUUCUACGCCACCAACCUGUCCCGCACGGACCUGCACUCAACGUGGCAGUACUACGAGCGCACGGUGGCCGUGCCCAUGUACAGCUCGCAAACUCAAUCCUACGGGGCCUCCAGACUGAUCCCGCCGCUCAACCAGCUGGAGCUGCUCCGGAACCUCAAGAGUAAAUCCGGGCUCACCUUCAGGAAGGAGCCUCAGCCGGAGCCCUCUCCAAGGCCGGCGGAAGACUCUCUGUGCAGCCCCCUCACUGCCACUGCGCAGACCCAAGUGCCGCUGCUGGACCCUGAGCCCAGAGCUGCGUCAGGUAAAGGCAGACGGUGCAGAGAGUCCCUGUGUGGAUGCUGCCCUGGACACUCUAGUCAGAAGGUCAGUUUGAAAGACCGUGUCUUCCCCAGCCCCCGGGGCGUGGCGGCCAAGGGGAAGGGGUCCCCGCAGGCCCAGACCGUCCGCCGGUCGCCCAGUGCUGACCAGAGCCUGGAGGACAGUCCCAGCAAGGUGCCCAAGAGCUGGAGCUUCGGGGACCGCAGCCGGGCGCGCCAGGCCUUCCGGAUCAAGGGUGCCGCGUCCCGACAAAACUCAGAAGAAGCAAGCCUCCCCGGGGAGGAUGCCGCCGAUGACAACAAGAGCUGUAACGGCGAGUUUGUGACUGAAGAUCUGACCCCGGGCCUCAAAGUCAGCAUCCGGGCCGUGUGCGUGAUGCGGUUCCUGGUGUCCAAGCGGAAGUUCAAAGAGAGCCUGCGGCCGUACGACGUGAUGGACGUGAUCGAGCAGUACUCGGCCGGCCACCUGGACAUGCUGUCCCGCAUCAAAAACCUGCAGUCCAGGAUAGAUAUGAUUGUGGGCCCCCCACCCCCUUCAACUCCCCGGCACAAGAAGUAUCCCAGCAAAGGACCCGCGGCCCCUCCGAGAGAGUCACCCCAGUACUCACCUAGAGUGGACCAGAUUGUGGGGCGGGGCCCGGCGAUCACGGACAAGGACCGCACCAAGGGCCCGGCCGAGGCCGAGUUGCCCGAGGACCCCAGCAUGAUGGGCCGGCUGGGGAAGGUGGAGAAGCAGGUCCUGUCCAUGGAGAAGAAGCUGGACUUCCUGGUGAACAUCUACAUGCAGCGCAUGGGCAUCCCCCCGACGGAGACGGAGGCGUACUUCGGGGCCAAGGAGCCGGAGCCGGCGCCGCCCUACCACAGCCCCGAGGACAGCCGGGAGCACGGGGACAGGGACGGCUGCAUCAUCAAGCUCAUCCGCUCCGCCAGCUCCACGGGCCAGAAGAACUUCUCAGCGCCCCCCGCCCAGUGCCCGCCUUCCACCUCAUGGCAGCCACAAUGCCAUUCGCGCCAGGGCCAUGGCACCUCGCCCGUGGGCGACCCCGGCUCGCUGGUGCGCAUCCCACCCCCGCCGGCCCACGAGCGCUCGCUCUCUGCCUACAGCGGCGGCCACAGGGCCAGCACAGAGUUCCUGCGGCACGAGGGCGCCCUGCGGGACAGCGACACGUCCAUCUCCAUCCCGUCCGUGGACCACGAGGAGCUGGAGCGCUCCUUCAGCGGCUUCAGCAUCUCCCAGUCCAAGGAGAACCUGGAUGGGCCCCAUGGCUGCUAUGCGGCCGUCGCGCCGUGCGCCAAGGUCAGACCCUACAUCGCGGAGGGCGAGUCUGACACGGACUCGGACCUCUGCACCCCGUGCGGGCCCCCGCCGCGCUCCGCCACCGGAGAGGGCCCUUUCGGCGACGUGGGCUGGGCCGGGCCACGAAAGUGAGGCCGCCCGCCAGCCUCUCCCUGACUCUUGGCCUUCCAGGUUUGCAGACGGGACUCCCCUCGGAGCGAGGCGGGCAGGGGCGCGUGGCCUCACGGAGCAAAGUCUGGCACAAGUUGUGUUCUAACGAGGGGCAGCCAGGCCGGCCUUGCGGUCUCUGCAGACCAUUGGCUGGGCUGUGAGCACCCCUGGCGGUAGGGAGGAGGCGUGCGGUCAAGGAGCCGGGCUGGGUGAGGGUGGCAGCAAGGGGCAGGAUUUGGGGGCCCUUGAGGCCCGGUGGGGAGGGAGCCUGGGCUGGAGGAGGUGUCGCUGCCCCAUGGGCUUGGCCCUCUGUCCCGCAGGCCUGGCACGUUGCCUUCCCUCCUCCCGGGUGGCCAGCCAGAGAGCUGCCGGCUGGUAGAGGGGUUCCCAUGGGGCUUCCGUGGGGAGGGGCCUGCUCCACAGGCUACUGGAAGGGAGUCUUAGGGGACUUUUGCAGCCCCAGGAGAUCUGGGGAUGGGCACCCCGAUGUUCUCUGUUGUGCUCUGGCCGUGCACCAGCCACCAGGCCAUGGCCAGUGCUGAAACAGAGGCCGUGUGCCGGGAGUGUGCUGGGAGGUUAGGGGCACCGCCCAGGGCGGGCUCAGGUUUCCAGGUCCCAGGGCCGGGUGGGUCGGGUGAGCAGGUCCAUGUGCUGUCUUUCCCGGGGGUCCUCCCUCACUGCUCUCCCAUUGGUGCCUCGACAGGACCCAGGGCUGGAAGAUGCUAUAAGUCCUGGGAAAAGCCUUCAAAGUCCCCCGAGAGUUGGUGUCCCACCCCCACCCCAUUCCCCCGCCGUGGAGCUGAAGCAGCCCUCUCCUGUCGGGUGCCUGCUUUGUCCCCACUGCGGCUGACUGUCCACGCACUUGCUCUGCACUGACCAGUCCCUUGGCUGUGACUUCUUGGAUCCUGGGAGUCAAGGGUGCCCAUCUCCAGCCUGAGACUCAGGUGGCAGGGCCCCUGUCUUUCCUAUGGUCGGCACCUCGGCCAAGAGACGGUCUUGUCCUCAGAGAAGGGCUUGGAAAACAGUAUCUGAGGGUCGUGUGUCCUGGGCAUGGGGUCUUGGGGCUCAGAGGUCUUUAGGGAGUAAUGUCUGUUGACCGGUCAGGGGCCUGCCCUCUCCACUGGCUAGGAUGCCCGGGUCCCACUAUGGGCACAGCUGGCUGGCCGGGCAGCCAGUGGCUGUGCUGGGCCUGUGUUUGUCCAUGGCAGAAGGUGGGGGCUCCCAACUGGAAACCGCUGUCCCUGUCAAGGCCCAGCCUCCGGGAGGGGAAGGCCUGGAAGUUGCCAUGCGGCCUGGAAACGAGGCCCUACUGGAGCCCCACUGGCGGGCCCUCCCACUGGCGAUGCUCGGUCCCCAGGACAGUGUUUCUCUGGCUCGGGCCUCAGGGUGGUGAGAAAAGUCCCCGCCAGUGUGGACACUGUGGGCCUCGGAGUGGCCUGGGCGGCGUGGCUGGUGUGCAGAGGCCCCGGCAGGUGGUCUCUCCCAUCGAGGCCUCCCUCUGGGCUGAGCCCCCUUCGCCCUCCCGUCACGGAGGCUCCAGCUGCAGAUCGCCUGGCAGGGUAGGAGCAGGCGGCCCCUGGGCCAGGCAAGGCUGCCUCGGACACCAGCCCCGGCUGGCCGGUCUCUGGGCCCUGCGAGACUUGGGGCGUGUCGGCAGCGACAGGGACCCACCUGUCGGGUCUGGGCCCUCACUGGCUCCAGGCCCUGGGAGGAGGGGCCCGUUGUCCUGCCCCACAUGCUCCCUGUGCAUGGAGCUGGCCGCAGACGUGCCCCCGCCGCAGAGCUGCCGAGCAUGUGCCGACGCCAGGAGGGGUCUGACGCCAGGAGGGGUCUCGGGCCGCGGCGGGGGCUUCCCGGAUGUCCCAGAUCCGCGGGGAGGAUGAGAGGCAUCUGGCCCCUGGGAAGCGGGGAGGCGCACAGCUCCGGGGAUGGUUUAGGGGCUCCCUUAGGGCGCCCAGACCGAGGCCUGAGUGGCGUGUCCCUCACAGCACCCGCCCGCUGCCCGGGGUCCCACCUUCAGAGGAGCAUUGUGGGGAGAGGCUGGACGCCCCGCAGGAGGCGUGGGCACUGGCUGGGCUCGUGUGUGGCGGGAGUCGGAGCCGGGCUAGGUGUGCGCUGCCCCCCCAAGCCCACACCCCUGCGCUCACAGACUCGCUUGUACACGUGCACAGGCACACCCACUUGGCACACACAACCCCGCACGCAUGCACACCCACACAUGCUCACAUGCACACACGCUCCUGUGCACACUUGCAAGCUCACACAUGCAGCUCACAUAUGCUCAUGCACACACGUGCACACUCAUACACAUGCACACAUACACACAAGCUCACACA